AUGGUUGUGGCUGCCGAAGCCGAAGUUCAGGGGGCAAAGAAUGAGGUGGUCGUUGAUUUGUCCGGGCUGGCUUCAGCAUGGGAAAACGAUAAGAAGCUCAGGCGGCUGGCUCUUCAAAGCAAAAGCCUCCUUACAUGGAUCUGCCCGAAAAGUGUCGGGGUGGUGACGAUGAAAACCUUGAAGCUCAAUACGGCUGUGCUCUUGCAUCUGCUACGAGUGUAUCUUCCCCAAGCUCCAGUCAACAAGACAUGUCCAGUGGAAUACAUCUAUCCGGAGGUGAAACAGCUUCGAGAAAACAUCGGCCUCCCCGACGAUAUGGGGCUGAUCCAUUGUGAAGCUACGGCACUUAAGAGCUUGCUGAGCUUGGUCAACAGGCGAAAUUGUGGUGGCAUUCGCUGGUGGCACACAUCUAAGGACAAGAAAUUGCAAGAGCUCUUCGAGUUUGUCAUCCUUUACUGGCCCCCUAGGCCCCGUAAGAAGAAGCAGGCUCAGGAGGCUGAUGUUGUUGAAGAUGACCUUUCAGGGGAAGCAACAGCCCCAGAGGAUGAUGCUGCCGAUGAUGAAGAUGACGAUGAGACGCAAGCCCCACUAGCUGAUGCUAGCGAUGACAGUUUGAUCGAUGCAGGAGAUGCUGUGCCUCUGUGUGAUGGCCUGAUGAAUGAUCAGGAGAUUCGGGAUGGGCUGGUAAGCUCUAUGGGGUUGCACUAUGGCAGCCCACCUCCUCCAUCCGCUUAUUGCAGAGACCCGACUCUUCCAGAGACACCAGUGCCACGGGCCGCCGCAUCGCUCCUCAAUGGGCUUCCAGAUGAUCCAGCGGAAAGGCUCGCAGCGAUUGAGACCACGAGGCGAAGCAUUCUCGAGAGGGAGCAGGCUCUGGAAGUCGAAGGAGGCGAAGUCCCCUCGGAUCUGGAUGCCAAUGACCACCCAAUGCCAAGCAUUGGGAAGGAGUAUGGAUUGGUGGGCAAAGGGUCCAAAGCUUCUACAGGUGACCAGGCUGCCGACCAGGAUGACGAGGAUGAGUCAGAGGAUUCCGAGGAGGAGAACAAUGACGAGAGGGACAGAGUCUUGAAGCAAAUGAAGUUUCCAGAUCUGCAGGGGGGCGACUCACUAACCUCGAUUGCUGUGGCCAUUUGCAAUUCGCUUCAGAAGCGAAUGGCCAAGUUGGCCCUCUUAGAGAAUAAGUUCAGUGAGCUCAAGAACCCUCUGGACUUGCACAGACAGAUGGGAACGAAGAUCACGGAAAUGAUUGCAAAGAUGUCGUCCUUGAACGACUACAUGGGUUCGGCCUACAGCUAUGGUUUGGUCAAUGGCUUCAAGAAAGAGAGUUUUGAGCUAAAGAUUCAGCACUGCCCCCCGCACGAGUUCAGGACAAUCUUCAGUAGGCUCUUGUCAUGGUUCUUUGCUAAGGGCUAUCGAAAGCUGCUGUGUGGAACGUGGUGGUUGAUGAUGAGUCAGACGGCUGCCCCAAAGCCGCCGGGCGAGGAGAAGCCGAAGUCGGGUGGCAAACCCAAGGGCAAAGCCAAGGCAGCCGCCAAAAAAGCAUCGGCCCCGCCACCAUCGCCCCCGCCGCCCAGCUCACGCAAGAAGGGGAAGCAGUGUACAACGACUGUGGACUUCGAUCGUGCAGAACAGUAUGCCGAAAUGCUAGGCUCCGGUGUCACGACCUCAGACACACUGGAUCAUAUGCUCGCAUUGUUUGCAAAGGAGAUUGUAGACUUGAUGCAGAAUGGCUUUCAAGCUGCUUCGAAGCACUGGUAUGUGGCAUGCAUUGGGCACAAGGGAGACCUUAAGCAUGUUGCUGAAAAAGCAGCACAUCUGGUACGCAGCUAUGCAAACCUGGGAAAGAAAAAUGCGAUAAUGAUGUGUUCGCUUUGCCAUGCUGGUGCUGCUAGCCUGCCCUUUGAGCAGAUUGAGCCGAACCCUAUGUGGGCCUCCAGUCUUUAUGCCACCCGGCCUUGGAACUCCGAUCCGCCCCUACUUCCAAUCCCAUUUGACGAUUCGAAACCUGAGAUGCUGUAUCGUCUUGACCUAUUCCAUCUAUUCAAGGUCGGGACAGGGAGGGACCUGUGUGGAGGCUUAGUGCUAUUAGCCAAAUUUGGGUUUUGGGACAAACCUGGGGACAGUCUGAAGCUGUCGGAACGCUUGACAAGAUGCCAUAAAGCAUUCAAACUUUGGUGCUCCGUGAACGGGAAGACACCAGCUCUCAGAUACUUCUCCAUGAGUCUUUUCCACAUGAAGAGGUUAACGGACCAUCCGUGGGCGAAUGUGAAGGGCUCCGACUGUAUGCUUUUGCUGCAAUUCAUCAAGUGGGUGUGCGAUGUUCAUCUUUCGAGCCCGACUCCUGAAUCGCAACCACAUGAGCCCCUUCUCAAGCUGUACAGCCGAACCAUUGGUCAUGCCUUGAAGAUGUUUGAGAUUUGCAAUUCACAUCCCUUGUGGAUGGUCAGGACUUGUGGGAAGAACUUGUAUGCAAAUCUGAUGUGCUUGCUGAGUGGCUUUGUGUCGCUCGCCAAAGCGACCUUGGAUAUGAACGAAAUGUUUUUCAGCUUGAAACCAAAGCUACACGGGCUGCACCAUGUAGCUUUCGAGCUGCAAGAAAUGCUGAAGACAGCAUCACCAGUGGUGUUGAAUCCGCUUGCUUUUGGGUGCGAAGGCAAUGAAAGCCACAUCGGCCAUGUAUGUGAUCUGGCCCUGUCUGUGGACACAAGACAAAUCGAUCAAAGAGUGAUGCAGAGGUCUAUGCUCAAGUUCUGUGCUGUCGCUCGCAGACACUUGGAGAGCCGUUUGCCAUAA